UUACAGAAAUAUGACGAAGCACUCAACAUGUCCGACUUCGCACCCCGUCAAGAAGUAAAAUGUCUUUAAGAGCAGAUAAGAGAGCUCAGAGAUUUUAGCACAUGUUCCUCAGCAGGCUCUUACACGGGAAGUCUGGGAAUGCCAAAAACCAAGAAGAUAAGAUCCACGCGAAACUGGAGAGCCCGCCUGUUCCUAUACGACACCGAGACAAGGUAGGCAGAGCACGCAGGCAGACGGCUGAGGACCUGGAAUAUAUCGGCACUCUGGCGACCAGCAACUUCAGUGAGGUCGUCCUCACUCGAGACAUGGAAACGGGGACGGUGAUAGUUGCCAAGGCCUACAACCGAAGCUUCUGGCGCUCCGAAUAUCUGUUUAAAACCGAACUGCGCGUGCUGGAGAUAGUGCAGGGUCGCUUCAUCACGGAGUUCCUAGGUUACCUGGAAGACAUUAAGGAAAAUUUCAUCUUUUUCCGCUACUACCCCAACAGAGACCUCGCCAUGGUCGCCGGCGAAGCGUUUUCGGAGAUGCAGACCAAGUUCUAUGCGGCGGAGAUGUUUUUGGCGGUAGAUACCCUGCAUGCCAGAGGCUUCAUGCAUCGAGAGAUCCGACUGUCCAACUUUCUGAUCGACAAUGUGGGUCACAUCAGGCUGUGUGACUUCGGAUUGUCUUACCAGUUUCGCAAAGACGAAGAGAAGGGUGACAACCUGACGAGGGUGAAGAGCCCCGUGUUCGAUAACAACCCGGAGGACACAACUCACAGCCCUAACAGCAUCACGUUUCAGGCAGAGAGCAUUGUUUCGUACAGUGCGCCUGAGAUGGUGAGUGUCGUGCUGCCUAAGCAGCGUUUCCAAAGAAACGUCGGCUACUCUUAUCUCUGUGAUUAUUGGUCCCUUGGUGUUGUCUUCUAUCGGAUGCUGUUUAACCGUCUGCCUUUCUUUGCUGACUCUAAAGGGUGCACCUAUGAGAAGGUCUUACAGUUCAGGAAGACCUUGGCAUUUCCUCUGAUGAGCGACAUCUCCGUGGCAGCCAUGGCACUCAUCGAUGAGUUGCUGAGGAAAGAGAGUCAGCGACUGGGUAGAAAAGGUCUGAAGGAAGUAAAAACUCAUGCCUUCUUUGUGGAUCUGCAGUGGGACAGACUCGGUACAGGUGCUGUCUCUGUGCCUGUGACUGACGAGCAGGUGUACAGGUACUACAAAUCAUAUCGUCCGCCUGAGCCCUCCACCGUCCUGGACAUCUCUGAUAUAGGCUCGGAUGUGGACGGGGUCAGCCCGAGUGACUCACAAAUCCCAACGAUCGUUGUUGAUGACUUGGCCUGCGAUCAAGAAUUCAGUCAUUCGUCCAGCAGGUCCAGCAGGAAGUCCUCCUUGCUAACCGAAAGGCAUAGCUCCCACCCAGAUGUUGAGAACUUCGAGGAGCACAAACCAUCAUUUUUCCAGCGUUUUUUCCCAUGUAUUGUAGCGUCGUCCAACAAGACUGGAUAACUGGCUUCAACAUACCCGUGCCCGAGGACGUCCUUCGGCGAGAACUACCCUUCAACACCUCAGUUUGAAAUGCGGGUCUUCUCUGUGUCCUCGUGUUUCGUGAAGUUUAGAAUACUUUUUAUUCGGUUGUCUUCGAUAAGCCCCAUCAUUAACCUUUUCUUUCCAUCCCGCUUCGUGCGUUCUGCUCAUCGAUCAAUGUUCAUCUUUGAAAAUAUAUUCUUUUGAAAAGAAGCCUGAAUACAAUGUAAUUAUUGAAAUACUGUUUGAAUAUCGAGCAAUUACAUACUAAACAUUCUCCAACAACUAUUUAUUUGAUCAUAACUGACAAAAACAAAUGUUCAAUCAAUUCUUGUCGUUCUCUUCGUUUCUUUAAUCUCUGAA